AUGACACUGGCGUGCCAGUCUGCGCUGCGCUGGACCCUCGCCCACGCUGCACUGCUGCAGCUCUGCAGUUUGGAGAGGAUUCUGCACGGUGACCGCGCCGAGACAUGCAGCCGAGCGAAGCUCACCCAGCCCAACGCAAUGAGCUUGUCGCAGCCAGCCUCGACCGGCCGGUCCAUCAGCACGCUCAGCACAGCACAGCACGCUCGGCACCAGCAACACCACGCCCAUCCCCAGCAGCUAGGCCUCGGGUGCGCUCCCGCCAGUCUCAGCCGCUGGCAACUCCAAACAUCGCGCAAACAGGCCAGUGCGCUGCACGCCCGCUCCGUGUUCGAACUCAUGUUCUCCGCCUCUCCAGACGGGGACGGCUAA